AUGUGCCUGCUGGGCAUGCUGGACACGGUGGGCCGGGAGGAGUACAGCGCUGUGCAGGCCCAGUACACGUGCACCCGGGAGGGCUUCCUCUGUUUGCCGUCAACGACGCCAAGUCCUUCAAGGGCCAGAUCCUUCGAGGACAUCCGCCAGUACAGAGAGCAGAUUGAGUGGUUGAAGGAAUCAGACGACGUGCCCAGGGUGCUGUUGGGGAACAAGUGUGACCUGGCCACGUGUACCGUGGAGUGUUGGCAGGCCCAGGACCUGGCCCGCAGCUAUGGCAUCCCCUACAUGGAGACUUCGGCCAAGAAGGGCCAGGGCGUGGAGGAUGCCGUCUACAAGCUGGAGCACAAGAGCCAGCAGCACAAGGCGAGCAAGCUGGGCCCGCCCGCCCCACGGGGGUGGCCUGGGCUGCCUGAGCUGCAGGGCCUGCUCUCCCAACUGAGGCACAGGCGACAGGCAAGGAAGAGGCACCCGCAGGGAGGAUGCGGGGAAGGAAGCUCCGGCCCGCCCAGAUGUACGUGGUCCAUCCAUACAAUGGAAUACUAUUCAGCCUUAAAAAGGAAGGACAUUUUGACACCUGCUACACAAUGGAUGAAACCUGAAGAUAUGCUGAGUGAAAGAAACUGGUCACAAAAGGAAAAAUACGUGAGAGGACACAGUGAGAUGUCCCUCUAUAAAUCAGGAAGUGAGCUCUCACCAGCCAUCAAAUCUGCUGAAGCCUUGAUCUUGGACUUCUCAGCCUCCAGAACUGUGAGAAAUAAAUUUCUGUUGUUUAUAACUGUUAAGUCUAUGGUAUUCUGUUCUAGUAGGCUGAGCAGACUAAGACAGUCAUUAUCUGUAGUUAAAUGAAUGAAUUUACAUCCUGCACCUUACAUUCUGCAGAGAAGGCUUUCUCUACAAUGACCUCACAAUGACAACAAAUGGAAAAUCCCACCCACUCACUGAGCAAUUAUUGGCACUUACUGAUGUCAGGCAUUAGGUCCCAGUGGCUAUAGGUUAUAUUUAGGUUUCCUGCCAUCAUAAUGCUACAUCUUUUUCAAAGACCAAGAUUCCUCAUUGUCUCUAUUCUUCAGACCAUAGGUUGGAGGCUGCUCCACUUCAGCAUGUGGUCACUGGAAUACCCCUUCACCUGUAGGGUUUCAGGCCAUUACUCCAUGUAGCUCUGCUUUGAAAUGCCACCUUGCAAAACAGUUGAGACCAUUAUGAGCCCUUCUGCUCUUAAAACAUUGUACACUUGAUCUACAGAGAUGGAAAUAGUUUAAAUGGAGAUUUAAAAUGUACCAGUAUCUUUUCCUCUCCCAGGUCUGCCUUGGUCCCUCGGCAGCCAUGUUCCUGGGGGGAUGAAGGUGAUGUUGAUAGGGUACAAUGUUACAAUGGAGAUGACUGGGACUGAUCCUAUGGACCGUGUUCUUGGAGUUAUGCAAGUGACAUUGAUAGGGUAUAAAUAUUACCAUAGAGACAGCUGAGCCUGGUGCUAUUAGCUGCAAUCAUUCUAGCUAUUAUCCUGGCAAAAAGGGUGUGAAGAAAUUAAUUUGCCAGCAGCUCCAAGGACAUGCAGCUGCUACAGAUUCUGUGUUAGUUUGUGUUUCUACCAACAGAUCCACGAAUAUCACCUGGAACCACUGUGAAGAUGGAAUAUGCAAAAUCGCCAGAGAGGAUGCCAGAAAAACCUUCCCAUGUACCCUUUGUUGAAGGUUUGUUCCAGAUUAAUUGCCUGAUAAAGCAGAGAUGUUUGUGCCAUUUGUUUUAAAGCAUAAACAAAAGAAGAAAGAUAAAGAACAAAAAAGCCCACCUUGAAAGUUCACAGUGGGUCUACAAAUCAACAAGAGCAGCUGGGGGUUAUGCCUCUAUAAGCUUUCUUUUUUAAAUAUUUAUUUAUUUGGCCACUUUGGGUCUCAUUUGUGGCAUGCAGGAUUUUUCAUUGUGGUGAGUGGGCUUCUCUCUAGUUAUGGGGGACAGGCUCCAGAGCAUGCAGGCUUAGUAGUUGCAGUGUGCAGUCUCUCUAGUUGUGGCGUGCGGGCUCUAGGGUGUGCGGGCUUCGCUGCCCCGUGGCAGGUGGGAUCUUAGUUCCCCCACCAGGGAUCCAACCUGUGUCCCCUGCAUUGGAAGGCGGGUUCUUAACCACUGGACCACCAGGGAAGUCCCUCUACAUGCUUUUGCACCUAGAUUUUUGAGCAGAUUUUUAGUUUUAUUUCAGUGGGCUCACUGUUUCAUGUACUAAAUUUUUGCAAAGUAAAUUUUCUGUCAUUAGCAUAUGUGGCAGCUAGUAACACUUGCUCUAAUUAGAAGAUAAGAGUAAAAACAGAUGUGAUGACAACCACUAUGGAAAUCGGCAUGGCAGUCCCUCGAAUUGCUAAAAACAGAACUACCAUGUAAUCCACUUCAGGGCAUGUUCGCAGAAGAACUGAAAGCAGGGUCUCCCCUACACCUGUGUUCACAGUAGCAUCAUUUACAACGUGAGGGCUCUCUUCUGGAUUGGAUGUCUCAUCCAAUCCACACACAGCAUAAAGAAGGUGAGAAAGCUCUGCGGGGUCUCUUUUACAAGGCAACUAUUUCCAUUCACGGGGGCUCCACCCUCCUGACCUAAUCACUCCCAAAGGCCCCACCUCCUAAUGCCAUCACCUUGCAUUCACACCCUGACCCUUGACGAUAAAUAACCCAAAUGCCUCAAUACUGAAAGAGAACUUUUUUUUUUUUAAUUUUUAAAAUAGUCUCCACUCUUGGCAUCCAACAAAAUCCCUGGCACUGAGAGGCAGCAAAGAUAGUUUUAGUCCUGCGCUCCUGGAGUUUACCAUUUUCUGGAGGAAACGGACUGGGAACCUGUGUAGUAAAGAGUUUAACUUUGCCCCAAAAGAGGUCUGGCCUUUGUCUCAAGCUCCUGGAGAUAAUCGCUAAGUGUCUUUGUUUCCCUGGGGGCCUUGGGUCCAAUGGAUAGUCUUUUUUUUUUUUUUUUUUAAGAUUUUUAGAAUUUCAUGUAAUCAAUGGAUAGUCUUAUGAUGUGACUUAGGCUGGGGGCCAGAAAGACCCACGGUGUGAUUUAAGGUGGGGGGCUUUGGGUCACACGGUAUCAGUGGACCUGUAGACUAAGAUCGACCUUGUGGGCUACCAACCAAUCAAUCAAUCGCGGCCACGUAAUGGAGCCUUAGUAAAAACUCUGAACCUGAGGCCCAGGUGAGCAUCCAUGGUUGGCCAUGCUCUGUGUACCUCAUCACACGUCAAUGAUGGGAGAGGAAAUGAUGCCUCCAUGGGGAGAGGGCGCUAGGGGCUGUGCACUUGGUGCUUCUCCUGGACUCUGCCCCAUGCACCUCCUUCCCUCGGCUGAUUUUGAUCUAUAUCCUUUCCCUGUGAUAAACCAUAACUGUGAGCAUAACAGCUUCAGGUCAGUUCUAUGAGUCUUUCCAGCAAAUUACCAAACCUGAUGGUGGUCUUGAGGACCCCUGACCUUGCAGUUGAUAUCAGAAAGGAGGGGCGGUCUUGGGUGGACCGUGUCCUCAAGUUUCAUAGGUGGCUGUAACCCUUUACGGCAAAUAAUUAAAUGAAAAAUAUUUAUUUGUAAUUCUCAUAGUCCUUUGAAUUAAAAAAAAUCCAACAAGGAGGGUUGCUCUGAGAACCCAGCUCUUCUAGAUGUUAUUCAUGCUAGAAUUUUUAGAGUUUUUCACUGUUUGAGUCCAGCAUGGACUGAUUUCAGUGUAGGCAGAGUGCUCUGAAGGUUGGGUUUGACUCCACCUGGGGACAGCUGCCUUUGGGAGGUUCUCAUCACCCCUGCAGGGACCCCACUAUUCUUGGUUUAGGUGCGUGUAACAUCUGCAGCUCUGAUUUCUCCCAGCUGGGUUUCUGACCCGUGGCCUUGAUGAGGGAGCAGUCCUCUGAAAAGUCUCCCCACUUCUUCUGUAAACAGCCAUUUGGGUGUUGAAAUAAUCCUAUAAGGCUUACUCUUUGGGGGUUCUAUAAAAGCUGCUACAGAGUUAAAACACUUUUGGUGACUGAGUCAGUUUUCCUGGGUCUCUCCCAUGCAUAUGUGUUAUUAAACUGAGUUUGAUUUCCUCCUGUUCAUCUGUCUCAUGUCAGUUUAAUUCUCAGAGCAGCCUAGAAAGGUAGAGAAAAUUUUCUUCCUCUCCAACAAUACUCUCAUGGUGAGAUACGUUUGUCAGAAUCCAUCAAUGUACAACACCAGGAGUGAACCCUACUGUAAACUCUGGACUCUGGGUGAUCAUGAUGUGUCCACGUAGAUUCAUGGAUUGUGACCAACACACUGCUCUGGUGCAGGAUGUUCAUGGGAUAGUUGGGAGUGGGUUCUAGCUCGUGUGUGUGUGACUGGGGGGACAGAGCAGGGGACAUAAGGGAACUUUCUGCUCAAUUUUGCUAUGAACCCUAAUCUGUUCUAAAAAAGUAAUAAAACCUAUUUAAAUGAACAAAUGGAGUUAAAACACUUUUGAAAUAUCAGGAGGAUGACCACAGUGAGAUGUCACCUCACACCCAUCAAUCAGGAUGGCUAGUAUAAGAAAACAACAACAAAGAAAAUAACAAGCUUUGCUGAGGAUGUGGAGAAAUUGAAACACUUGUGGACUGUAGGUGGGAAUGGAAAAUAGUGCAGCCACAAUGGGAAGUAGUAUGGUGGAUCCUCAAAAAAGUAAAAAUAGAAUUACUAUGUGAUUCAGCAAUUCCACUUCUGGGUAUAGAACCAAAAUAAUUGAAAGCAGGGUCUUGAACAGAUAUGUGCACACCCACAUUCACAGUGGCCAAAAGGUGGAAGCAAGCCUAGUGUCCAUCAAACAGAUGACUGGAUAAACAAAAGGUGGUCCAUCCGUACAGUGGAAUAUAUAUAUUUUUUUAUUGAAUUAUAGUUUAUUUACAAUGUCAUGUUAGUUUCAGGUGUACAGCUCAGUGAUUCAGUUAUAUAUAUAUAUUCUUUUUCAGAUUCUUUUCCCUUAUAGGUUAUUACAAAAUAUUAAGUAUAGUUUCCUGUGCUAUACGGUAGGUCCUUGUUGGUUAUCUAUUUUAUAUAUAGUAGUGUGUAUAUGUCAGUCCCAAAUUCCUAAUUUAUCCCUCCCUCCCCUUUCCCCUUUGGUAACCAUUAGUUUGUUUUCCAUGUCUGUGGGUCUAUUUCUGUUUAGUAAAUAAGUUCAUUUGUAUCUUUUUCUUUUUCUUUCUUUUUUUAAGAUUCCACAUAUAAGUGAUAUCAUAUGAUAUUUGUCUUUCUCUGUCUGGCUUACUUCAUUUAGUAUGAUAAUCUCUAGGUCCACCCAUGUUGCUGCAAAUGGCAUUAUUUCAUUCUUUUUUAUGGCUGAGUAAUAUUCCAUUGUAUAUAUAUACCACAGCUUCUUUAUUCAUUCAUCUGUCUAUGUACAUUUAGGUUGCUUCCAUGUCUUGGCUAUUGUGAAUAGUGCUGUUAUGAACC